UGCUGAGGUUAGAGCCUAUAAAAAGCUGGAGACCAGCAACAAAACAGCAGAACUGCAAACAAACCAGUAGUUCAUCUGAGCUGCUCAGAGCUUUCGUGUUCAGUUGCUGUUAAGAAAAAGCCCCUUCAAGGUAUCAUCCUUCUGUUCUGGGAUCAGGACAGCACUUCCUGGGUGCUUUAGAAGAGAUUUGUUGUGUAGCUGUUUCAAAGUUCCGAUUUUCAGCUCUCGAAAUGAGUAAAUUUCACGGCGAGCUGACCGAGAGGGAGCAGCAAAUGCUGAGAAUCCGCCGGGACAGUGACACUAAGGCUGCUGAACUCGCCAAGAUGGAGAAGAUGCUGCAGCAAACCAAGAACAUGCUGGAGAAGAAGACAGAUUCCAGUUCGGAGAGCAAGGGUUACCAGGAGAACAUGGUGGAGGACCUGGAGGAGAAGGUUCGCUCCACCAGGCGGUACAGGAGAAACUCCCUCCACCACACACAGAUGCUGGAGAGCCAGAUGAAGACGGUGAAAGGGGAGCUGGUGGGCACGCUGGACCAUCUCCAGGAGCUGAGGAACGUCCUGCGACGCUCCCAGCAGAAAGCAGAGGAGCGCACAGCGGCCAUGGAGAAGCUGGCCGCAGGCCUCAGGUGAACAACCUCCUCUAGAGUCAGCUUUUCGUCAAUCAAAUCACUCAUUCCCUCCCAAAGCUGUGCAGAAAAGAGCAUUUAUUUACACCCCAGCUGCACUAAAAGAAGAACUGAGAGACGAGACUUAAACUGCUCCCCCCCCCAUAUAUCCACAUGUUUCCACAGUCCUAAGCUGUAAUCACUCCUGUGUUUUUCUAUCAAAUAAAACUAUAUGUGAUCAUCAACAAGAUGUUAGUCACGUAGGCCUGAUGUGUUAAAAAUCUGCUUUCCUGCAACUUGACCUCCAAGAAUUGUUGUAAAUCUGGGUUCUGCUGCCGGAUUAGUUCCCUGAAGACAAAGAAGAGUGUUGUGGCUGAGAUGUGAUCAGAACUCAUUUAGUCUGUUUCACACUGCAUCCCAUGAUGUGAGGAGAUUUCACUGUGACUUCAUCAGGACACUGAGGCUGUGGGAAUGCUGCAUCCGGAUCUAUCCUGUUCUAUCCACAUUCAAUGUUAUCUUAUUCGGUUUUAGUUGAAAAUGUGAAUUGAUUCAGGUGAUUGUUUGGGGAUAAAACAAGAUGAUGAAAUUGUGAAAUAAAGCAACAGAGUUACGCCACCUG